CUUGGGAUCGCCCAGUGUCAAAGUUGACCGGGACUGCGCUGUCACGUCUUUGUUGCCUCUGGAGCUAUUCUGAUGUUGUGAGUAAAAGAGCUGCACAUAUGGGAAAAGAACAACUUCCCCGCCGAGGAAUCUGAUUAAAACACACGCCGACAGGCUCAAAAGAUGGACGAUAGGCUGAAUGGAUCCUUGCCUGUUGGCUCCUCGGAGUAUCUCCAGCAGUGGAUUCAGUCGACACAGCAGUUCCAAGCUCUCCAAGCACAAUAUUCCGCCUUCAGCCAUCAGUCUCCCUACCCGCAGGCACCGACGGGAGCAACAGCCACACCUGCCGUGGUUAACCCUCAGCCAAUGAUGGAGCAGCAGGAGCCGGCUGACCUGACCAAACCCCCGGCCAAAAAGAGAGGCAGAUCAGCUCAACCCAAGGAACCACGCCCACCCAAACCACCAAAAGUCCCAAAGGCUCCCAAGCCCCCUAAGCCCCCAAAGGCACCAAAGCCCCCAAAGGACCCCAACGCCCCGAAGCGCAAACCGGGCCCAAAGCCCAAGAAGAACGCAGAGGGUCAAGCUGACGGAAAGCAGGAGAAGAUUGACGAGAGCUUCAAGAAGGUGAAGAGGAAAGUGGACCGUUUUAAAGGGAUGUCUGAGGAGGAGGUGAUGAAAAAAACCCUCCCGGAUCUGCUGGAACAGAAUCUCGACUAUGUCAUUAUUGGCAUCAAUCCAGGGUUAAUGGCCGCUUACAUCGGACGCUGGUUUCCUGGUCCUGGAAAUCAUUUUUGGAAAUGUCUCUUCCUGUCGGGAUUCACUGAAGUGCAGCUCAACCACAUGCACGACACAGCUUUGCCGGGCAAGUACAAGAUGGGCUUCACCAACAUGGUUGCCAGGGCGACGCCGGGCAGCAAAGACCUCUCAACCAAAGAGCUGCGCGAAGGAGGCACAAUUCUAGUCGAGAAGCUUAAGAAAUUCAAACCUCUUAUCGCCGUCUUCAACGGCAAAUGCAUAUAUGAAAUGUUUUGUCGAGAACUAUUUGGUAAGAAACCAAAGAAGCUUGAUUUUGGUUUGCAGCCUCACAAGAUCCCCGACUGCGAAGUGGCUCUGUACCUGAUGCCUUCAUCCAGCGCUCGCUGUGCGCAGUUCCCACGCGCUCAGGACAAAGUGCACUUCUACAUCAAGCUGCGGGAACUCCGAGACCAGCUGAGAGGCGCGGCCAAGCCCAGGGAGAUCGAGGAGGUCCACUACUCCUUUGACUUGAGUCUGGCCAAGGAGGACGCCAAGAGGCUCGCCAUCAAGGAGGAGCAGUACGAUCCAGGCUACGAGGACGCCUACGGCGGAGCGUACGCGCAGCCCGGAGGUGAAGGAGACCAAAGUCAGGCCAACGGUCACUGUACCUUCUCCCCUAGUGAAAACACAGACCGAGCACAGGAGGCGAGCACGUCGCAGACCCCGGAAGGUCAACUCCCUGACGGACAGUGGAUGUCGCAGUCUUUUGCCGACGAGAUUCCAGACAUCAGUGGAGGAGCGAAAGACGGCGCCGCGUGAGGAAGAAAAGACAUUAGUGAGGCUCCACUGCCGUUUUUCCGUCUGGAAAACCAUUAGCGUACAUGUCCGCGCUUAGAUAGACUUGGUAGGCGUCUUGCAGAAUCUUCUUUCUGCAUCCUUUUAGAUUUUUCUUUGUUCUUCACAGCGACGGCGGUGGUUUUUACCGACGUCCAAUCAGGGACGAGGACUUUUUCCCACUGUCCUUUUUUUUUUAAACGGGGACUCAGUCUUGUACUUUACACUCCCGACCAGUGGGGGUCAGCGUAUUACUUGAAACAGGCUAAUAUCUGUGUUUCAUUUUGCACUCUUCCAUACGCACACAGUCUUUUCAGCACGCCCAAGUUGGUGAGCACGCCGCGAUGGACCCAAACCACCCCUAAUCGCCACCUUCUUGGCGACGUAGCGGACGGGUAGGGGCUUCCUCAAGUGGUUGCAGUUCAGCUUAAAAAAGGAGAGAAGACGAGGUCACAGAUAAAUAUUGCAAUUGCCAUUUCCGGAUUUGAGACAGCGCAACACAAAAUUGGCACACUCAGAAAUGUAAGUACACAGUAUUCACAGUACACCUAAAAAAAGAGUAAUGAUGGAAGUACUCCAUUUGAGACAGGACGACUCUGCCGAAACUGGCACACUGCAAAAUUAAGACAUCCUUAUCCAAAUUAUACUUCGAUAUGUGCACUAAUGGACGUACUCCAUUUGAAACGGCACUACUUUAUCAAAAUUGGCGCACUCAGAAACAUAGGUUCACAGUAUCUACAGUGUAUUUACAUAUUGAGGGAAGUACUUCAUUUCAGACGGCACUAUAUUGUCAAAAUUGGUGCACUCAGAAACUAAGUACAAAGUAUCCACAGUAUACUACAAUAAGUGUCCUGAAGGAAGUACUCCAUAUGAGACUAUACAACACUGUCAAAACUGGCGCAUUCCGAAACUAAGUACACAGUAUCUAAAGUACACUUAGGUACUGAUGGAAGUACUUAAUUUCAGAUGGGACUACAUUGUUAAAAUUGGUGCACUCAGAAACUCAAGCACACAUUAUCUACAUUAUACUUAAGUGCCCUGUCCAUGUGAGACAGCAGUAAAAUUGGCACAUUCAGAAACUACAUUAAGUACACUGUAUCGACAUACUUAUAUAAGUGUCCUGAUGGAAGUACUCCAUGUGAGACCGUACGGACCUGUCAAAACUGGCACACUCUGAAACUAAGUACAUAGUAUCUGUAGUACACUUAGGUACUAUAGACGCCACUACGUUGUUAAAAUUGGCGCACUCAGAAACUCAAGCACACAUUAUCUACAGCAUACUUAAAUACGUUUCCUGUCAAUUUGAGACAGAAUUACAAUUGGCACAUUCAGAAACUACAGUAAGUACACAGUAUCUACAGUAUACUAAAAUAAGUGUCCUGAUGAUACUCCAUUUGAUACAGUCCUUAAUUUCAGACGGCACUAUAUUGUCAAAUUUGGCGCACUCAGAAUGCAACUAAGUACACAGUAUCUAAAGUAUACUUAAAUAACUGAUGGAAGUACUCCAUUUGAGAUGCUCUAUGUUGUCAAACGUGGCACACUCAGAAACUCAAGUACUUAUCUACAGCCUACUUAAGUGUCCUGUCCAUUUGAGACAGCAGUAAAAUUGGCACAUUCAGAAACUUCAGUAAUUACACAGUAUCUACAGUGUACUUAAAUAAGUGUCCUGAUGGAAGUACUCCAUUUGAGACAGCAUGGGACUGUCAAAACUGGUGCACUCUGAAACUAAGUACAUAGUAUCUAUAGCACACUUACGUACCUAUGAAAGUACUUCAUUUUAGACUCCACUACAUUGUUAAAAUUGGUGCUCUCAGAAACUCAAGCACAUUAAAUGUUAUAAUUAUAAUUAAAUAAGUUUCCUGUCCAUUUGAGACAGCAGUAAAAUUGGCACAUUCAGAAACUACAGUAAGUACACAGUAUACUUAAAUAAGUCUCCUGAUGAUACUCCAUUUGAUACAGUACUUCCUUUCAGAUGGCACUACAUUGUGAAAUUUGGCGCACUCAGAAUGGAACUAAGUACACAGUAUCUACAGUCCACUUAAAUAAGUGUCCUGAUGGAAGUACUUCAUUUGACACAGUACGGGACUGUCAAAACUGGGGCACUCUGAAACUAAGUACAUAGUAUCUAUAGUACACUUAGGUACUUAUGAAAGUACUUCAUUUUAGAGGCCAUUACAUUGUUAAAAUUGGCGCACUCAGAUACUCAAGCACAUUCUCUACAGCAGGGGUCACCAACCUUUUUGAAACCAAGAUCUACUUCUUGGGUACUGACUAAUGCGAAGGGCUACCAGUUUGAUACACACUUAAAUAAAUUGCCAGAACUAUCCAAUUUGCUCAAUUUACCUUUAAUAAAUAAAUCUAUUUACCAAUAUAUAAAAAAAUGAGUAAUUCAGUCUGUACAUUUUUUUUCCUUUUACGAAAGGUUUUUUGUAGAGAAUAAAUGAUGAAAAAAACACUUAAUUGAAUGGUUUAAAAGAGGAGAAAACACGAAAAAAAAUUUAAUUAAAUUUUGAAACAUAGUUUAUCUUCAAUUUCGACUCUUUAAAAUUCAAAAUUCAACCGAAAAAAAUUAAGACAAAAACUAGCUAAUUCGAAUCUUUUUGAAAAAAUUAAAAAAAGAAUUUAUGGAAUAUCAUUGGUAAUUUUUCCUGAUUAAGAUUAGAUUUAGAGUUUUGAUGACAUGUUUUAAAUAGGUUAAAAUUCAAUCUGCACUUUGUUAGAAUAUAUAACAAAUUGGACCAAGCUAUAUUUCUAACAAAGACAAAUCAUUAUUUCUUCUAGAUUUUCCACAACAAAAAUUUUAAAAAAAAUUCAAGACUUUGAAAUAUUUAAAUUUGAUUCCACAGAUUUUCUAGAUUUGCCAGAAUAUUUUUUUUGAAUUUUAAUCAUAAUAAGUUUGAAGAAAUAUUUCACAAAUAUUCUUCGUCGAAAAAACAAAAGCUGAAAUUAAGAAUUAAAAUGAAUUUAUUAUUCUUUACAAUUAAAAAAAUAAAAUUACUUGAACAUUGAUUUAAAUUGUCAGGAAAGAAGAGGAAGGAAUUUAAAAGGUAAAAAUAUAUAUGUGUUUAAAAAUCCUAAAAUCAUUUUUAAGGUUGUAUUUUUUCUCUAAAAUGGUCUUUCUGAAAAUUAUAAGAAGCAAAGGAAAAAAAAAUAAAUGAAUUUAUUCAAGCAAGUGAAGACGAAGUCUUUAAAAUAUUUUCAAAUUCUAUUUGAGUUCUGUCUCUCUUAGAAUUAAAAAUGUCGAGCAAAGCGAGACCAGCUUGCUAGUAAAUAAAUACAAUUUAAAAAAUAGAGGCAGCUCACUGGUAAGUGCUGCUAUUUGAGCUAUUUUUAGAACAGGCCAGCGGUCGACUAAUCUGGUCCUUACAGGCUACCUGGUGCCCACCGGUACCGCGUUGGUGACCCCUGAUCUACAGAAUACUUAAAUAAGUUUCCUGUCCAUUUGAGACAGCAGUAAAAUUAGCACAUUCAGAAACAACAGUAAGAACACAGUAUCUACAGUACACUUAAAUUUAAGUGUCCUAAUGGAAGUACUUAAUUUGAAAUCGCACUACAUUGUCAAAACUGGCGCACUCAAAAACUAAGUAUACAGUAUCUAAAGUAUACUUAAAUAAGUGUCCUGUUUUGAAGUACUCUAUUUGAGACCGCUCAAUGUGUCAAAAAGGGCGCACUCAGAAACUAAGUAGACAGUAUCUACAGUAUACUUUAGUAUGUGUACUAAUGGAAGUACUCAAUUUGAGACAGCACUACAUUGUCAAAAUGUAGAUUUUGGAUUGUAUGGCCUGUUUUUCAGAGGUCCUUUUGAAGACGCUGUCACUUUCACAAACUCCUGUUUUGACCAGUUUUUUAAAAACCUGCGUUGCCAUGAACUCACCACCAGAUCUCCCCUGGUCUCAAACGCAUCAUCACUGACUCCUCUGUUAAAUUACCUCAGCAGCCUUUCAUCAUGAAUCUAUUCUUUUCUGAAUUUUAGCAAUUUUAGGAUUGUUUUGAUGUCGCUGAAAAUGACACACACGGAAUUUGAUGAUGUUUGUGUAUUAAAAUGUCCUGAUGGUGCUUUUUUCUA